CACUAAUUAACAGGUGUCACGUGACCCCUCCCUUCCCAGUGUCAAAAAAAGGACCAAAUAGUUCUGAGACCAAAACCGCAAUAACCAAAACACCCAAACUAUUAGAAAAUGAAUAAUCAUUUUGCAAAACUUUGCUCGAUUUCUUUCAUUCUUGCCUUCACUGCUCAGCAGUGUUUCUCAGCUGCCCAGGAGAGAAAAACACCUGAGCAGAGGCAACAUCCCGCCCUGCCGAGAGUCACCUGCUCUCCCAGAAGGAUAAAAGCUGUUUUUGGUCCGCUGGUCAAAAGUAAUAUACAUGUAAAAGACAUGACAGGGGCUACGAUCCCAGUGCCCCAGUCUGAGGGGUCCUGUGGAGUGAGACUGGGCACAGAGAAGAACCAGACUCUCUCAUUCAUCAGCAGAUAUGACAGCUGCUGUGCUCAUGUUGAGGGCAGCAAAGUGGUCAUCCCUCUGCAGGUCCAGCUGACGGGAGUAGAUCGAUGGUUCAGAGUAAAUAUCAGCUGUCCUCUGAUAAAGAGAUACAGUGAGAGGACUCGUCUUAUCCCAACACCAUUACCUGGAAAUUGUGACAUCGAAAGAGACCUAAGAGUGGAUUGUGGCCACCAAAGGAUUUCCAGUGAUGCCUGCUACAAGCUGGGAUGCUGCUAUGAUUCUCGUGAUUUAACGUGCUACUACAGACUUAAUGCCUGCUCUCUGGAUGGACACUUUGUGUUCUCAGUGAAGACCACAGAGACAGACCCACCUAUCGAUCCAGGCAGCCUCAUGGUCAAGGAUCAGCCACAGUGUGUCCCUGUGGUCACCACCCAAGACACUGCUGUCUUCAAGAUUGGUGUCAUGGACUGUGGUGCAAAAAAGAAGGUAGACGGAGAUGUGAUGAUCUAUGAGGUAGAGGUGGAGGAGCUGCAUACUAAAAGUAUAAACCAACAUUCUCCAUUUAGUCUCCAGGUCCAGUGUGAAUAUGAGCCAUCAGAUCUAAAGCGUGCAGCAGAUUUGCGGUCUUUGUACACAGUGACCAACCCACCACCUGUGGUUGCACUGGGAACCAUCAGAGUGCAGAUGAGAGUAGCCACAGAUGCCUCUUUCACCUCUUUCUUUCCUGAGGACCAGCUCCCACUGACCUUGCCCCUACGUAAAGCUGCAUAUAUGGAGGUCUCCAUCGCCCAGCCGUCCCCAGACCCUACACUUUCCCUGCAUGUGCGGGACUGCUUUGCCUACCCAGCGUCUAGACACUCUGUGUGGACGCUUCUCUAUGACGGAUGUCCCAACCCUCUGGACAACAUGAGAAGUUCUGUCCCUGUGGACAACUGGGGGAAAACCACCUCCCACUCCCAAGUGAGGAGGUUUGAUGUCAAGACCUUCGCCUUCUUGGACCCUCAUACAGGCCAUCCAAGUGUGGAGGAAAUGUACUUCUACUGUUGGGUGGAAAUCUGCACAGAGGAUGUUGACUGUGCACAGCGUUGCACCAUCAUUUCAUCUGAGGGUGAGAGACAGAGAAGAGAGGCCGUGUUUGGGUCUGACAAGGUUCAGCUGGUCUCAUUAGGGCCUCUGCUGCUGGGACAGAAUAACACUGAGCUGGAAGACAAUCCAUGUGCUCAUCAGAACACAAUGUUUCAGGUGAUAGCAUAUAUUCUCGCUGGUGUUGGCGCUGCCCUGCUGUUGAUCUCAAUGUUUACUGUAUGGUCAAGCAUCAGAAAGCGUCAGAAACCAGAAGAGCAGCAACCCUGUGAUGCACAAGUUGACAGUGAACAAUCUCAAUAAAAUAUUUUCUGUAAUGUGCA